GCUCUCCUAUUGGCUUUCUCGACUCCCACGAGGGGUUGCAUGCAAACGAUUUGCGAAAAGGUUUAUUGUUUCUUUGCUUUCGGGAGCCGAAACUGUUUGGAAUCUACUCAGCGCUACAAUCAAACAACGCGUCGGGAAAAAUGGCUGGUGGCAAAGCAGGAAAAGACAGCGGCAAAGCCAAGGCGAAAGCAGUGUCGCGCUCCCAGAGAGCUGGUCUGCAGUUCCCAGUGGGUCGUAUCCACAGGCACUUGAAGACUCGCACAACCAGCCACGGUCGUGUAGGAGCCACAGCAGCUGUUUACAGUGCUGCCAUCCUUGAGUACCUCACCGCUGAAGUACUAGAGUUGGCGGGUAACGCCUCCAAAGACUUGAAAGUGAAGCGUAUCACUCCUCGCCACUUGCAGCUGGCCAUUCGUGGUGACGAGGAGUUGGACUCCCUUAUCAAGGCAACCAUUGCUGGAGGAGGUGUCAUUCCCCACAUUCACAAAUCCCUCAUUGGGAAGAAGGGCCAGCAGAAGACUGCAUAGAUGCCAUGUUGACCAGAAAUUUGGGGGCUUGGGCUUUGAACGGACCAGGAGUUCACCUUUGUUCUUUUUUAUUAUUAUUAUAGCAAACGAAGAGUGAUUGUUAGCCUUUGUGUUUGUUAUAUUUUCCAAUAACUAGAUAAAAAGUACAGAAAACCCCUUAAAGACAGUAAACCCUUUGUAUGUUAAUGUAGAGCGUUUGACUGGGGAGUUAAUGAUUAUUUGAAAUGGUGGCAGUGAAUUUGUUUGAUUGGCCUGGCUCUGUGUAAUGUUUUAUACUGAAAAAACAAAUUGUUAAACUGUUUUUUAUAUAAAAGAUCUUGUUUUGUGGUUAUUUUCUCUGAAGUUACGAUAUUUACUAUGACACAUUUUUAAGGAGAAUUUCUUUUUUGAAAGUAAAUUGGAUAACAGCUAAAUGGUAAGAUGGUGCUCUUUUCCUUUUGACUUACUGUAAAAAAAAUUUUGAACUGCACAAGAAUAGUGAUGUAUUAAAAGUUACUUUUUUUUCUUACAUCAAAAUGAAAUAUUGAAAGCAACGUGUUGUAACCGCC